AAAAAUCUUGCUGUGUUUAUAAAUUUGAGCAAAAUAAGAGCUCUGAAUCACCCUUUCAAGCCAUGGCAAACCGACGUUUUCUCAGAAAAUGGUUGGGAAAGGAGAAGAAGAAGAAAAUAGUGGAGGGCAACGGCGACAUAGCGAAAAGAUGGAGAAGUUUGAGUGGAGAGAAUUAUUGGAAAAAUCUACUAGACCCUCUGGAUCUGGAUCUCCGGUCCUACAUUAUUCACUACGGGGAAAUGGCUCAAGCUACGUACGACACUUUCAAUUCCCAGACGUUAUCCAAGUACGCGGGAAGCAGCAUCUACUCUAAGAACAAUUUCUUCUCCAAGGUGGGUCUGGAGAAAGGCAAUCCAUUCAGGUAUGAGGUUACGAAGUUUUUCUAUGCAACAUCGGGAAUUCAGGUACCAGAGGCGUUUAUUCUAAGGUCAUUGUCGAGGGACGCAUGGAGCAAACAAUCCAACUUUAUGGGGUUCGUGGCAGUAGCUACGAACGCAGGGAAGGAGGUUUUGGGGCGGAGGGACAUUGUGGUGGCAUGGAGAGGGACGGUUGAGUCGCUGGAGUGGGUUAAUGAUUUUCAGUUUAAUAUGGUUUCUGCUGAUAUGAUUUUUGGGCAGGAUAGUGCUGUUAAGGUACACCAAGGUUGGUAUUCUAUUUAUACUUCAGAAGACGCUAGUUCGCCCUAUAACAAAAGAAGUGCCAGAGAUCAGGUUCUUGAGGAGGUCAAGAGACAAGUGGAAAAAUACAAGAACGAGGAGAUUAGCAUAACGGUGACGGGCCACAGCUUAGGUGGAGCACUUGCGACAUUGAAUGCUGCAGACAUAGUUGCCAGUGGCUACAAUAGAAUCUCGAACAGAGCCUGUCCUGUUACAGCCUUUGUAUUUGCUGGUCCCCGAGUGGGCGAUUCCAACUUCAAGAAGGUGUUUAUUGGUCUCCAAGAUGUUCGAGUUUUACGCAUCCCUAACGCCCUAGAUGUUGUCAAUAAAUAUCCCUUCACUGAAGUGCUUGAGAUUGACACCCAAAAGUCCCCGUACCUGAAGAGUCCUGGAAACUUGGUAACUUGGCAUGAUUUGGAAAUUUAUUUGCAUGGAGUAGCAGGAACUCAAGGGAGUAAAGGGGGAUUUAGGUUGGAAGUUAAUCGUGACAUUGGGCUUGUAAAUAAAGAGAGAGACGGUUUAAAGGAAGAAUUUCUUGUGCCAAAGGGAUGGAGGGUUCUGAAGAACACAGGCAUGGUUCAACAAGAAGAUGGUUCCUGGAAGCUGAUGGACCAUGAAGAAGAUAAUGACAAUCAUCCUUGAAUUGAUUUCGUUUGAGACUACGUGGUUUGGGUUUUGGUGCGCCUUAAUCCACAACCCAAAUGGCUGGAUAUACUUCCGUUUUAUUGUGCGUGGGAAUGACUGUGUUGAGAAGUAUAUUGUUAAAGAUAGAGUCAAAUAAGUUUGUUGGCAAGAGUGCUAAUAAAAUGGAGUCAAGCAUCGGAUUUCAAAUAUUUGAUGAAGCCACGUUUUUAGUAGGAAAAUUUCAACAAACUUUAGAUUUUUUUUUCUUCUGUUUUGCUGCUUAAAAAUAAUGAGAAUGACCAAUU